CAGACGGCUGCCGAGUCUAGGGCUGGUCAGGAAAUCAAGGAGAAUACUCUGCCAUGGACCUACCGUCACCAAGCCAGGCCUCCCAAACCCAGCCCGCGGCUCCCUCUCGGAUGAGUUCCUACCGCUGGCACACAGGGGGCGGUGGGGAGAAGGGGACUGGAGGAUUCCGCUGGGGCCGUCUUGCCGGAUGGGGCAGAGCACUGAGCCACCAGGAGUCCACGGUCAGCAGCCAGCCAGCCCCUCGCUCGCUGUUCCGUCGGGUCCUCUCUGCGCCCCCCAAGGAGUCCCGGACCAGUCGCCUCCGGCUAUCCAAGACCCUCUGGGGCAGGCCUAAGAACCCACCGCUGGAGUCCGAGCCCGAGUCGGAGGCCCCAGGCCCUGAUUUAGGGCCAGAGCCCCAGCCGGAGUCCCCUGCCCCACAGAUGCCCGAGGCUCCCAUGCCCAACGUGCCUGUCUGGGACAUCGGGGGCUUCACCCUGCUUGAUGGGAAACUGGUGCUGCUUGGGGGUGAGGAGGAGGGUCCCCGCAGGUCCCGGGUGGGAAGUGCCAGCUCGGAGGGCAGCAUCCAAGUGGCCCUGGGGAACUUCAGGGAUCCAGAUCGACUCCCUGGAAAGAUGGAGCCAGAGGCGGCUGGUCCCAUCCAGGUCCACAAUGUCCGGGGGUUGCUCAAGAGGCUGAAAGAGAAGAAAAAGGCCAGGUCGGAGCUGGGAGCCAGUGUCUCCCGGGAUGGCCCCCCCAGUGCUCUGGGCUCUAGGGAAUCGCUGGCCACACUAUCCGAGCUAGACCUGGGCGCCGAGCAGGACGUGCAGGUCUGGCCCCUGCACCCAAGCCUCCUGGGGGAGCCUCACUGCUUCCAGGUAACGUGGGCAGGAGGAAGCCGCUGCUUCUCUUGUCGCUCAGCCGCCGAGAGAGACCGCUGGAUUGAGGACCUUCGUCGCCAUUUCCAGCCUACCCAGGACAACAUGGAGCAGGAAGAGACGUGGCUGAGCGUGUGGGAGCUGGCCGAGUUUCUCACCUUCCACUACUCGCGCCUGUGCCGGGCUCUGGAGCCCGCGCUGCCUGCGCAGGCCAAGGAGGAGCUAGCAGCCGCCAUGGUGCGCGUACUGCGGGCCACCGGCCGGGCGCAGGCACUGGUGACAGAUCUGGGCACCGCAGAGCUGGCCCGCUGUGGAGGCCGUGAAGCGCUGCUGUUCCGGGAAAACACAUUGGCCACCAAGGCCAUAGAUGAGUACAUGAAGCUGGUGGCACAGGAUUACCUGCAGGAAACCCUGGGGCAGAUUGUGCGGCGUCUCUGUGCCUCCACUGAAGACUGUGAGGUGGACCCCAGCAAGUGCUCUGCCCCAGAGCUGCCCGAGCACCAGGCCAGACUUCGAAACAGCUGUGAGGAGGUCUUCGAAACCAUCAUCCACUCCUACGACUGGUUCCCUGCAGAGCUGGGCGUCGUGUUCUCAGGCUGGCGAGAAGCAUGCAAAGAGCGGGGCUCUGAAGCACUGGGCUCCCGACUGGUGUGUGCCUCCCUCUUCCUGCGGCUCCUGUGCCCCGCCAUCCUAGCACCCAGCCUCUUUGGCCUGGCAUCAGAGCAUCCAGCCCCUGGCCCAGCCCGCACCCUCACACUGAUUGCCAAGGUCAUCCAGAACCUUGCCAACCGUGCCCCGUUCGGUGAGAAGGAGGCCUACAUGGGCUUCAUGAACAGCUUCCUGGAGGAACAUGGACCAGCCAUGCAAUGCUUCCUGGACCAGGUGGCCGUGGUGGAUGUAGAUGCCGCCCCCAGCGGUUACCAGGGCAGUGGCGACCUGGCCCUUCAGCUGGCUGUCCUGCAUGCACAGCUCUGCACGAUCUUUGCCGAGCUUGACCAGACAACCCGGGACAGCCUGGAGCCGCUGCCCACAAUCCUUCGAGCCAUCGAGGAGGGCCGGCCUGUACCUGUGUCUGUGCCAAUGCGUCUCCCACCUCCCCCUACCCAGGUCCACACCAGCUUCUCCGCAGGGGAGAAGCCCGGCUUCCUGGCCCCCCGGGACCUCCCCAAGCACACCCCUCUCAUCUCCAAGAGUCAGUCUCUGCGCAGUGUUCACCGCUCCGCGAGCUGGGCCCGGCCACGGGCCGACGAAGAGCGGCCCGCUCGGCUGCCCAGGCCGGUGCAACGCACGCAGAGCGUCCCCGUCGGGCGCCCCGCCCGCCGUCGCCAGUCUUCGGGGCCCCGGCCGCGACCCAAAGGCUCCCUGCGUACGGGUCCCGCGCCCCGCGGCCGGCCCUGGACCGGGGCCUCCGCCUCGCUGCCUCGGAAGCCGUCGGUGCCCUGGCAGCGCCAACUGGACCAGCCGCGGAACCGAGACCAGGCGCAGGGCACGCAUCGACCCGUGAGCAAGCUGGCAGAGCUGCAGUGCGAGGUGGCCGCGCUGCGCGAGGAGCAGAAAGCGCUGUCCCGCCUCGUGGAGUCUCUGAGCACCCUCAUCCAGGCCUUGACGGAGCAGCAGGAGCAGCUGCGGGGCCAGCUGCGGGAUCUGGACUCCAGACUCAGCGCUGGGAUCUCACAAUUGAAUCCAGAGCAAGAUCUUCCAAAGAGUGAAGGGCACAAUCUGAAAAGUCUGGAGCACCGCCUGACAGAGAUGGAGCAUACUCAGGCACAGCUGAGGGAUGCUGUCCAGAACCUGCAGCUUCUUCCAAGGACGCUGGGGUCCCGGAGCCAGCCCCUGCCCCUCAGAACAUCCUGCCUCAAUGGAAAUACCACCUGAGCUGCCCAUUCCACACCACAUGGUCUGGAAUCAGAAAGAGCGAGCCAUCUUAGGGUGGUGUCUGGCCUUGCCUUAGCUCUGUGGAGCCUACAGUGGGGAGUGGAGCUGUAGGUGCCAACCACUCCAGCACUAUGAAGUUGCCCAGUAAAAUCUUGAUUUCAGU